AUGGGGGAAGCCAUGACAGCAAAGUUGGUGAAAAAGGAAAAAGUGUACAAAUUGAAACUAUUAUGGAGUGAUCAAAGAGAAGUUAGUGAUGACCAUGACACUGCUGUUUUAGAAGGACUUCAACCACACAAAAAUCUCCAAUACUUGAAACUUGAAAACUUUAUGAGAGAACUCUUUCCAAAUCUUACUUUUGUUGAAAAUUUAGUGAGGAUUUCUCUGAAAAACUGUAGCAGGUGUAGAAGAAUCCCGACAUUCGGACAUUUGCGUAAUCUUAAAGUUCUUGAGAUUUCUGGAUUGCAUAACUUAAAAAGUAUAGGGACUGAGUUCUAUGGAAAUGAAAAUGAAAGGAGAAGUUUGUUUCCAAAGCUGAAAAGAUUUGAUCUUCUGGACAUGGAGAAUCUGGGACGUUGGGACGAGGCAGCAGUUCCGUCACACGUUGCGGUUUUCCCUUGUAUUGAAGAGUUAAAAAUUCUUGACUGUCCGAGAUUACAAAUUGUCCCUGAUUACUUCUUGACUCUCAGGACGUUAGAAAUCAACGAUGUUAACAACCCAGUUUCGCAGAACACUCUGCAGACAUUUAAGCUACUUGGCAUAAUACACUCAGGCAGUCUGAGUGGUUUGCCUGAGGAGCUAUGUGGUAAUCUGUCAUCUCUCGAGGAGUUUAAGAUUGGAUAUGACACAAAAUGGACAAGUAAUCAAGCUGAUGAGCUAGAAUCAUACAUGUCUGUAAAUGAAUUGUCGAUUGUCGGCUACCACGAUCUAACGUCGACCCCGGAUAUAAAAGCAUUGCAGAAUCUUUCAUCUUUGACGAUCACUGGCUUGAAGAACUUGCCGAAAGGAUUUCACUGCCUGACUUGCCUGAAAAGUUUGUCAAUUGGUUGGUUCAUGGAAGGGUUUGAUUUUAGGCCUCUUUUACACCUUGAGUCUCUUGAAAAUCUAGCAUUGAUAGACUUUGGCAGUGCAGAAAGCACACUUCCAGGCGAACUUCAGCACCUCACUGGCUUAAAGCAUUUGAAAAUUGUUGGCUUUCAAGGCAUUGAAUCUCUACCAGAGUAG